UUGCAGUGUGAGUGUAAAAAGUAACUCUGUGCUUUCUGUUCCACCCAUGACUGGUGGUGGGGAAGUACUCUGAACCCCCCCCUCCUCACUCCACCCCUCCUGUGGGUUUCCAGCUGGCACCCUCCUCCUGUACUGGUAAUGUUGAUGGUGUUGAAAAUCUAUUUUUGUAAUAAAAGGCAGUUAUUUUUCUAACUUGGGCUCUCUUGCAGCUUUUAUUAACCAAAGCAAUAAUCUGUUGUAAUGAUUGGGUAUUCUCUGGGUGAAAUUCUCUGAGAGCUACACGUCUUUUCACAUGUGGGAGCUGAUAAGGAGGGUGUGAGUGGCCAUCCCCAGUGGUGUUGGGGAUCUUAUCUGUAGGGACCCUCUUUGACAAAUGCUUUAAAAGACAACUGGGGCACCAAACGCUCUCAAAACAGAUGUUAUAGAGAAACUUGUGCACAACAGACAGCACAAACAAGCAUUAUUGCUGAAGGAAGUUUUCAGUUGGUUGGACCUCAGAAACUAUUUUUUUUUAAAGUUUGAUAUGGAGGGAAAAACACAUAGAAAGGAUGCCCAAAAACAUGGCAAUCCAACUUUAGUUGUGCGCCAGUUUGAGCUGGCAGACAAACCGGAGAUAGAGCAGAUCUUUUAUGAAGGGACGAUGGAGAUGGUAGCAGACACCGCUUUCAGAGGCCUGACACAUCACCCUGAGAGUCUCCUGCUCUAUACUGCUAUGACAGUUGUAUGUUUUGUCGUCACCAUGUGUUGGUGGGUGAUAGUACUGCUUCCUGCAGUUGUGGUGUGUGGGCGCUACUUCUACAGCAGACGUGUGAUAAACCGUUACCUGGAGCAGAGCAUGAGCACAGACAUGGGAGACAUGGAAGGGUUUUACUUGAAUUCACCAGACCGCUGUCUGUGGGUAGCAGUGCUGGAGGGCAAAGUGGUGGGUAUCGUAGCAGCAGUCGGCCGGCAGAAGCCAGGAGUUGCUGUCGAGUUGCGGCGGAUGUCUGUUGACCGGAACUGUCGGCGGUGUGGAGUCGGCGUGGCGCUUGGACGAAAGGUUCUGGAGUUUGCUGUCACACACGGAUACUCCUAUGUUGUCCUGGGAACCACAGCGUACCUGCCCGCGGCCCAUAAGCUCUACAAGCGUCUGGGCUUCCGCUGUGUGGGGGUCACCAACGGGUACGUCACACCGGGUGCGACAGGGUCCUUACUGGAAUCAAUUUUCUACAGGGUCUGCCAUCACCACUACAGCCUCGAUGUGCAAAAUAGCAAGAUCAGUGAUUAGAAUGAAUGGCAGCGUCGGCUGUCUGUUUCCCUGACGAGUAACCUCUUGUGACCAUGUGAAUAAUGAAAUCACCACUGAACCUGCGAGGGCGAAGUUCAGCAUGGCUGACUUUGACGGCAGUUAACCUCGCUCUCAUACCAACCGUCAACUAUGUUUUUUUUACUUGUAAAUCUGAUCUGCCUUAUGUGCUUAUGGAAAUCACAUGGGGGCAAGAACAGCUGCUGCAUCCAUUACUCAGUAUAUAUUCAAGGGUAUGUACCCAAAGAUUGGUCUCCAAAUUAUCUUCCAUGCUGGUAAUAGCAACUCUGAAACCAGUGCCAAUUGACAAUAUGUGGAAAAAAAGAUUCAUCAUUAAAUGACACUGGUAUUUAGUGGGUCCGAGUCUUGUCCAAUAAAUCAGUUUCUUCAAGAAACCCAAAUCAUCAGAUGAUGCGUUAUAGUUUAGUUUUGAGAACAUAUUUGACAUCACGCAAAUUAUUUCUGAUGAAAGCCAGGCAUUCCCCAAAUUUUGCGCUCCACACAGUGGUUGCGUCACUUUGACAGACAGGGUUGUAAAAAUUUCGUCAUAGUCAAUUAUUACCUGUCAUUUCAAUUUUAAUUUUUUAAUGACAAUAAUACACAGGCUUAUUUAAAGGCAGAGUCUGUGAUUCUAAUCCAAUUCACUCUUUAUCAAAUUCAGCGAAUCUCUCCUCACGGUCCACUGGCUGUCUGUUCUGCGUGUGUGCGCUGCAAAAAAUCCAAUAUUCACAGCCCUAUCUUUUUUAAUAAUAAAUUCAGAGUAUUGGACUGAAGACUGCCUCACAGCGUCGCUGUGUGUUUGUGUUUUUUUAAUAAUUAAUAAACGGAACAAGCUUAUAGAUUAUGCAUUUUUAAGGGCAUAGAGAGAAAAGAUGAACAGAGACCCGACACCAACCGGGCGUUCUCUUUUCAUAUCAACACACAGACGCAGAUGAAUGAUUUUUUCCAGUAGUCUUUUCCUCAGAAAGAAUUUGGAACUGUGUCUCUUCAUGUCUGUCAGAGAUUAGGAAAUGCUCUGUACCAUUGCACACUCUGCCCUUAGGGAGUUUCUGGUACAUAAUUUGCAUAUGAUAUGGGAAUGUUCAGAAGUUUUUACAAUUUGGAACUGUGUCUCUUCACGUCACACUCUGCUGGAACGCUCUGUUGGCGGGCCUUAACGGCAGCCAAAAAGAUAAUCGCUCUGACUUGGCAGGCUGCCCGUUCUUUGCAGAGACAACAGUGGUUACUUACUUUUUCUGAAUGUUCUUUACAUGGAACAGUCUGUUGGAAGAACACAUGGGGCAAAACAAAAUAAUGUAAAUGUUUGGGUUAAUGCUGUUGAAAGUAUAAAGGCGCUACUGUAAGUAACAUGUAAACCCUCGCAGGGAAGUGUCAUGGGUUGUGAUUGUGUUCUUGGUUUUGCCAUGGUAUCUGUCAUUGUGUGGAUGAUUUGACAUGGUGCUGCCUUGGUGGAGUUAGUGUGUCGUAUGGCAGUGGUUCUCAUCCUGGGAGUCGUGAGAUCAUUUCUGGGGGUCGCCAUAUGGUUGUGGAUAAAAAAUAAAAUAACAUAUUUAAAGGUUUUUACACACUGGAGGCCUGAUGAAUAAAUUACACAAAAAUGUGAAAUUCUCGCCUGUGAAUAUAAUAUGGGCUUUUAUUGUGAAAGGUAAGAAUGGAAGGAGUGGAUCUGGUCUGCAGGAGUAAUAAGUUUGCCGUCCUGGUUCGGACUACGAAGCCUCCGUGUUGUAGUUUCAUAAAUACAGGCACAACUCAACUCGUUCCGUACAAAGUGAUUUGUUGAUGUCUUUUUUCGCGACGCUAAAGCUCAGAAAAUCGUCCUUGUUCCGGAAAAAAAAUGUACUUUUCUUUUUUGCUGUGUUAUAUUCGCGUUCUGUGUGAAUGUCCCCAUAACUCACUGAAUGUAUUUGUGAGAGUCAAAGUGUGCGUGCAUGUGCAGAAAUGACAGGGGACUUCCGGUGGGUCAGGGGGAGAGAUAAAAGUCCCUGAACGCAUCAAAAAUCCACAGUGCCUGGAACACAUUGGACAACGCAUAGGAGCUAGCUGUUCAAACUAAACAAAGCUGUCAGCACAAACAAAGCAUUAUUUAUAUUUAUUCAUCAGGGCAUUCACAAUAAUCACUCAAAAAUAAGAACAGAAAUUUUUCCUCGGGGGUCGCGACUCAGAAAGGUUGAGAACCACUGUACUAUGAUACCACUUUUACACCUGAUCGGCUGUCAUGAGGUGGUCCAAUUUGGAUCAGUAGCACAUUCUAUGGUGUGGUGUUUCCAACUUAUUUUUUUGCUCACUACCAUUACCGUAUAGUAGUUUUGUAUACAGAUAUACCUCUUUGGAGGGAAGGGUUGUGGCUGCCGGGGGAGAUAUAUUGUCUGUCAUAUAUUUCCCCUGAAGUUUGUUUCUCUCUUUCUGUAUGCAUGUUUUAUAUAAUCAAUAAAUAUUUG